CGUACCCGUACUGAGUUGGCCAAUAUUGACUCACAACAGACAGCGAUGCGUCCUCCGUCGCCGCACCUCGUCAAGACCCCGGCUCCAAAGCCGGCAGGAGAUGCUUCGCCAACACAACAAAUGUCGCCUCAACAGGAUGCAAUGGAACAGUGGGUUUCGGAUACGUUCUUUUCCUACUUUCCGAGUUUCAACAAAAAGCAGAAGGACCAGAAAGUGGUCCUUUCCCGUGCCCGCCAGGAGGAGUAUCAAGAGUAUUUGAAAAAUGUAAAUUUCAUUGCUAACGUGAUCCCGGAAGUGGCGACCAAACACCAGCAGUACAUUAAGAAGUACGGCACUGGUAAGACGGGCAAGGGUGCUGCGGCGACGACUGGCGAAGGCUCAAAGGAGAAAGGCGCAGGAACGUCGAGUCCUCCGCCGGCCGCCAAUGUCGGUAUGGGCAACAGUCCGGCUCAGCCACAGGUUCGCUUCGGGAAGUCCCUGGUGGCGGAAGGGAACGCAAAUUUCCGCAAAGGUAGCCCGCGCGAGAAGUUGAUUGAAGAUUUAGCCCAUAUUGAUCUGCCUACCAUUCUCAAUACAGACACUAUCGAUCGCAGGAAUAGGAUGUUGGCCGAAGAAGAAAGCCGCCGCAAGAUGGACUACCAACGAGACUUGAUUAAGCAGAUCGAGGAGAAGCGAAAGGAGGUCGAACGGAUGCGCGAAAAGGAAAAACUGGAGGAGGAAAUGUUGACCAGCCGUCUGGAACAGCAGCUAAAAACGAUGCAGCUGGAAGAGCAACUGGAGCAUGAGCGGGUACGCAGCGAAAAGCUACGAAUUGCCAACGAGCAAAAUCACAUCCGCCGGCUGCAGCUGCUGGCCAACCUGGAGAACGAUCACAAACUGUUUAACCCGUACGACGGUCAGCGGAAAGCGUUUUCGGAAAAUGGCGUCAAAUCAACGGCGGCUGCCGGUGGACCCACGGCCAAAGCGGCUGCCCUAGCACCCAACUCAUUGUCAUCCGGCGACGAGCGCACCAAGGUUUAUCGAUAUUUUAGUAACUCGGCUCAAAACGAAAAGUAUAAUGCUCCCCCAUUCGCCAGUGGGGUCGGAGCGGCCUACUCAUCCGGGUUGUCGUCCGAGCAGGAUUAUGAAUCUUCCAGUGAAACCACAAUCAAUGCUCCGUUUCCUGCCAGCCAUCGGUAUCAGUUCUGCAAGACCUGCCGCGGUGAUAUCGACCGAUCGUUCCUCCCACCGCCGCCGACGAUGGUUAGUUCGAAACACCACCCAAAAGCAACGGAUCGGAAACAUUGCGCCAACUGUAAGCGGAUCGGGGCAGCAGGGAAUGAUCCGCGAACGAUGGUAGGGAACGAUCUACGACGCUGCGCGAGAUGCGAGCGAACGAUUAAACGAUCGUCGGUGGGAAAAGGAUCGUCACUCUGUGCGGUUUGUCAACUAACGAAGGAUGCCCAUGGACAGCCACGGAGAACGAUGCGAGCGGCGGCGGUGCGCCCCUCGGUCGUGCUGGACACCGACGAUCCGGUGGAGGACAGUGAAGCAGUAAAUGAGCGCGAAACCAACGCCGGGUCACCCGUUAAUCCAUACAAAAUUAUUGAUGUGCAGUACCACGAGAGUGACAACGAACACGGAGACACGGCCGUGCUGAAUCCGGUGAUUGUGAAGAAAAAUUAUCGUCAACCACCGUACUCGCUUAAUAUUUCGGAGAACUCACUCUUUCAUCCUAACAAAAGCGCCCCGGAACCGGUGCUAUCGGUGAACGUGCGCAAUGGGGAAGUGUUUGUCGACAAUAAGCUCCGAUCGCGCCCUGCCAGCCCGGCUCGCCAACCGGCCCAGGACGAACGAGAUGACGAAAGCUCAUCGGCACUCGGGGACGAUCUGCUGGAUGAGCGAAUCGCGAAAUACGUACGCCACUACAACACGCUUUGGAUGAAGCGUGGUCACGGUAGGAAGCAGAACACACAUCAACCUUCCAACUGCGACCACCAUCAGACGAUGACGAAGAAUUUUGCUUCCGGUUCGACGCUGCCAUCGCUUUCGCCCCCGAAAGUGUACGUUAGUGAUCGGCCGGAAAAGAUGAAGAGCGACGGCCUUAAGCUGGUGGAGAAAAAAUGGGAGAUACCGGCCGUUGAGCGAACGAAAGUAAAUAAUACUGGUUCGACGCGAGUCCUCACACAGCUCGGGGCGAUCCGAAAGCAACUGCAGUUAGAACAGCUCCAAAUGGAUGGACCAUCAUCUUACACGAAGAAUAAUUACUAAGCUUUCCGAUUGUGGCUGAUAAUGAUCGACGAAUGGAAAAUCGAGGAACCACUGAAUUGACAAACCUCGGCAUACUCCAGGAACUGGCUUCCACUGUGAAAUGCGACACAAGCACCAGGCCAGCUCAAAGUUGUGUUCCUGUGUAGCUAACGAUGAAUGCAGUUUUGUAGCAAUAAUUUAAUAAAAUGAUUAGCAAUUUGCUUAUGUCGGUUUUUC